AUGAAAUUAAUAUUUUUAAUAUUAAUUUCUUUAUUAUUUAUAUAUUUAACUGAAUCACAAACACUUGAACCAGGAGAGUAUAAUUGUUUGUCUGCAAUUGCAGAAAAAUAUAACCCAACUGGAUGGUUAAAACAAGAAGGUAGUAAUUAUACAUUUUGUACAUAUAGUGGAAUUUCAUGUGAUGUCAAUGGUAGAGUUGAAAAAUUACAAAUUAGUGGUUCAGGGGGUAAAACAAAUAAAUUUUCACAAUCAGAUUUAAGUUGUGCGACCUACUUUAAACAAUUAGAUAUAAAAUAUUUAGAUAUUGAUCCAGGAUUAAUUUUUUAUAAAUUUGGGUCAUGUAAUAUUGUAUCAUAUUCUGCAACAAAUGGACCACAACAAAUUAAUCAACCUUUACCAUCUUAUGAAGAAUUUACAUUAUUUUCUUUAAAUUUAAAUAACUCAAUUAUCAAAACUUCAUAUUUAUGUAAUGUUAAAAAUUUAAAAAUAUAUGGAAGUGGAUAUGUAAAUUUUAUAAGUGAUGGUGUCAAUUCUUGUAAUGGAAAUAACAAUUUAAAUCAAAUUUUGAUAUGGGCAAAUAAUUAUCCAGAUUAUUCAUAUUUCAAAGAUAAUUUAAAAUCAAUUACAAUGAGUUUUGGAUUAGGUUUUGAAAAAGAUUCAAUCAAUAAUUUUUCAAAGAUUUAUGCACCAACUGUUGAAAUUAAUCAUUGGAUAACUCAAGAGACUACUCCAUUCUAUGCAUCUGAAAAUUUCAAUAUUAAAUCAUUAUCUAUGAAAGGUUCAUUUGAAAAGCAAUCAUCCAUCAUUGAUUUAAGGCCAAAUGUGAAUUAUGAAAAGGUUAAUAUUUAUGUUUAUGGUUUCCAAUUUAAUGUUGAUGGUAAACUUCCUAUUAUAGUUGGUAAUAAUGUAGAAUUUAUGUUUACAAAUGGUAAUAUAACCUCAUUGCCAUCUUUGAAAACAUUUGGUGAUAGUUCACAUAGAGUUAUGAUCAAUAGUACUAUUUCAGUUUCAACAGUAUUACCAAUAUAUGAUGGAACUGGGCUAUCAUAUGAUUUAAGUUUAAAUAGAUUCACAGGUACAAUCGAUCCUUCAUGGUGUAACACUGAAGUAAAUUUCCGUUUAAAUUCUUUAUCAGGUUCAAUUCCAUCAUGUUUUUCCUGUUAUUUUAAUAGUACAAGUACAAGUGAUGGAUAUUUACCAGAUAUGUAUAAUAGGUUCGCUGGUAAUCAAUUCACAACUCAACAACUAAAUAAAUUUAUAGCAUGUACCACCUUUCGUCCAUUGGUUAAAGUAUUAAAUAAAACAGCUAUCAGUGUUCAAGGUAUCGAUAUUGGAUUUGAUACAAGUAAUUGGUUAGUUAAUGGUUCAAUUGGUUUUCAAAAAACUAUUCCAAUUAGAGUUGGUAGUGAAUACCACUGUUCACUUUCUUCUGGUAGUUUUGUAGGUGUUGAUUAUUUUUCAGUGUUAUUCAUACUUCCAAAUAAUAAUUUAUACACAUUUGCAACCAAUCCCAAAAAAGAACCAAAUCCAAAUUUUGUAGUCCUCGAAUCGUCUAGAUUGAAAAUUAAAGGUACCUUCUUUUCAAGUUAUAUCAACUACAUUAAUCAAAAUGUAACAUUGGGAUCUACUCUAUCCACAUGUAUAAUAAAAUCUGGUGAUUUCUUUUCAAUUGAAUGUAGUGCCCCUGAAUCAAUUUCAGGUAAAACUACUGUAGCCAUUGGAACCGGGUCAUUGAGAAGAAGAGUUAUUGCCAAUUUACAAGAUGGUUUGGUUAAUAAUAAGACAUGUCCAAAUGAUUGUACAAGUGAUACAAAUGGUGUUUGUGAUCUUACUACUGGAAAUUGCCUUUGUGAAUUGGGCUUUGUAUAUAGUGAUUGUAGUGGUAUAGAUUGUGGAUUUUAUUGUAAUAAUGGUUUCUGUGACUUUUUAAAUGGUUACUGUUCUUGUAAUACAGGUUAUACAGGAAUUAAUUGUAAUAUCUCUAUGAUUGGUUGUCCUUCUACUGACUCAGAAGAAUGCUCCAGUAAUGGUAUUUGUGACUAUACUACUGGUUCAUGUUCAUGUAAUCUUGGUUAUCAAGGUAUGGAUUGCUCGAUUAAAGUAUUGACCUGCCCAAUUGGACUAAAUAUGCAAAUUUGUAGUGGAUUUGGUUUUUGUAAUAAUAUGACUGGCCUAUGUGUAUGUGAAAUGGGAAGAGCAUCAAGCGAUUGUAGUGGAUUUGAAUGUAUACCAAAUGAUUGUUAUUCUCGUGGUAGAUGUGAUUUUACAGUUGGUAAUUGUACUUGCUUUGAUAAACAAUGGCUAGGAGAGAAUUGUUCAAUACCAUAUCAAUAUAUUUCAUCAAUAUCACCAUCAACAACAGAUGGUGGAUUAGCAAUAAUUUAUGGAUUGUUUGGUGAAGUACAUGAUGGAUUAUCAGUUAAACUCGAUGGUAUAGAUUGUAAUAUUACAAACUAUUCAUCCGAUGAAAUUUCAUUUAUAGCACCUCCAGGUACAAGUAAAAAAUCAUUAUCACUAUCUCAAAAUGGUAUUACAAUUUAUGAAGAAUAUAGAUAUGAAAAUAAACUUCAAUUAUGCCCAACCAACUGUUCCAGAAAUGGAAUUUGUAAUUCAAGUAAUGGAGAAUGUAAUUGCAAUAAUGGUUAUAGUGGAUUUGAUUGUAGUAUUCAUUCAGGUAAUGGUAAUGGUAAUCCAACCAAUACAACAAUUGACCCUUCGACAGGUAGUACAGUUAUUACAAACAAAGAUAUAAAUUUCAACAUUUUUUUUAAAUCAAUUUCAGAAAUUGAUUAUAAUGGAAAAAUAGUAAAAGAAUAUCCAUUACAAAAUAAUUGGGAAAUUAAUUCAAAUAGUAAUCAAAGAUAUCAAUUAGUUCAAAGUAUUCAGGAUAAUGGAACAUGCACAAUCACAUCAAUUAUUGAAGAGAUUACAAAUUCAAAUGGUAAAGAAUUUAUAUUUGCAGAUACAACAUUUACUUUGGAAAAAGGCUCAAUCAAAUUUACAAUUUCAAUUAAUAACUAUACAUAUGAAAAUAAUUUAAAUACAUUACAAUUAAAACUUGUAUCUUUAAUUGGUGAUAAUAAUGAUGAUGAUAAUGAAAAUAGUAGUAAUUGUAAUAAAAAUCAAACAGAGAUUGAAACUAAUGAUAACCAAGAAGGAAAAUUAAAUUUUAAUUAUAUUAAAAUUUCAAAAGAUAAUAGAAUUUUAGUUGGUAGAUUCAUAAAUAAAUUAGUUUCAAAUGGUAGAUCAACAUUUUUAUCAACAACCAUAACAAAUGAUACUCAGUCAUCAGUUAUUGUUUCCCUCAACUUACCACAUUGUAAAGAUUGUUUAAUAGAUCCAGACUUUUCUUUAGUUAUUACAUCAGAUUUUAAAUCAAAUUGUGGUGAUGAUGAUUCCAAAAAUAAUUGGGUUAUACCAACUGCUGUUGUUAUAUCAGUGGCUGGUACUGCAAUUAUUGCUGGUGCUUUAUUAUUUUAUUAUAGAAAAAAGUUUGUUGAUGGUAAACUUCAAAAACAAUUAAAACAAUUAAAAAUGAAUAAACAAAAAACAAAAAAUUAA